CUUGUCACUAACCAGAAAAAUUUCAGUCGACAAGUAACGACGAAAAUUAUAAUUCGGGAGCGACACCAAAACCAGGCUAAAGACGAGAAGAAAAUGUCCAAGCGCGGCAGACCACGCAAUCGCUUGGUACCCCUACCCGAAUCCGAUCCCGAACCAGUGGGCCUUGAAUGCAUUUGCCAGCGCCAGUACAGAUCGUACCAAUGCACAAAAUGUGGAAAACAUUUCCAUGGACGUCUUGCCGAGAUAUGCAAGAGCCAUUCAUCCGUGUCCUACCUAAUGGACUUCCGCUGCUGUCCGUACUGCGCGGCAGACACCGUGUUUAUAACACAGUCCGAUCUCAGCAAGGAAGCAAUUCUCAAACGUAAUGCUAUCAAUUAAUUGAUGACCCAGUUCCGAAACCAAUAAUCGACAAAUAAACAGCGUAUUUUCAAUGCAAUGGCA